AUGACUAAAACUGUUCCUGAAAAAUUCUCUGGUUUCGCUGCUGAUGGCCCAAAAACUUGGAAUGAUACUCAUUUAGUUCAUUACGAACCAAAAAGAUUAUUACCUGAAGAUAUCACCAUUAAGAUUCAAGCUUGUGGGGUUUGUGGUAGUGAUUGUCAUCAAAUCAAAGGUAAUUGGGGUCCUCAUCCAAGAAAUGAUUUAGUGGUUGGUCAUGAAAUCAUUGGUGAAGUGGUUGAAGUUGGUUCAGCUGUUACCAAACAUAAAUUAGGGGAUAUUGUUGGAGUUGGAGCUCAAUCUAAUAGUUGUGGUGAAUGUGCCAGAUGUAAAUCUAAUAAUGAACAAUAUUGUCCAAAGAAUAUUUUCACUUAUGGUGGAGUUGAUUUUAAAGCUGAUAAUUAUGUUACUCAAGGUGGUUAUGCUUCUCAUAUUAGAUUAAAUUCUCAUUUUGCUGCUUCUGUUCCAAAGAAUUUAGAUAUUAAUGCUGCUGCUCCUUUAUUAUGUGGUGGUUUAACUGUCUAUUCUCCAAUUGUUAGAAAUGCUGGUUAUGAUUUAUCUGAAAAAACCAUUGGUAUUGUUGGUAUUGGUGGUCUUGGAGCUAUGGCUAUUCAAAUUUCAAAAGCUUUAGGUGCUAAAAAAAUUUAUGCUUUUUCAAGAUCUGAUUCUAAAAAAGCUGAUGCUUUAGCUUUAGGUGCUGAUGAAUUAAUCGCUACCAAAGAUCAACCAACUUGGUAUCAAGAUCAUUUUGAUGAAUUUGAUUUCAUUCUUAAUUGUGCUAAUUCUGGUAAAGGAGCUAAUUUAGAUCCUUAUCUUAUGGUUUUAAAAUUAACUGGUAUUUUCGUUAAUGUAUCUGCUCCACCAGUUGAUGAAAAAUUAGAAUUUAAUGCUUUCCCAAUGAUCUUAAAUGGUGGUACUGUUAGAUCAUCAGCCAUUGGUUCCAUGAAAGAAGCUGAUGAAUUAUUAAAAUUAUAUGCUGAUAAUGGUUUAUCCCCAUGGAUUGAAAAAAUUCCAAUCAGUGCUAAAGGGGUUAAUGAAGUUCUUACUAGAAUUGAUAAGAGUGAUGUAAGAUAUAGAUUUGUCUUAACUGAUUUCGAAAAAGCCUUUAAUUAG